CAUUCUUUCAGAGGAGACAAGAAAGGCGACUCCGCCAGCGGAGAUUUUCAGGUCGCUGUUUUGUGUGGMGGUUUAAAUUAAUUUAUGCUUUCCCCUCGACGCGUUCAGAACAGGCAGUUUGGGCUGAAAAAUUCUCAUUUCGCUGCUUCAAGGAUGAAAAUUUUGUAAAAGGACCCGAAAAAGGAUAACAAUAAAUCUCGACGACGCUUUUUUUUUUUUCGGAGAGUAAAUGGAGGAACCAGACAAUAAUUGUUACUGUGCGGGCUGUGGAGGAAUAAUUGAGGACUCGUUUCACAUGAAGGGGCUGCAAGACACCUGGCACAGCUCCUGCUUUCAAUGCUCCGUGUGCUCGGACCACCUGAUGAACUGGUACUAUGAGAAGGACGGCAGGCUGUACUGUCAGAAACACUACUGGGAGCAGUUUGGAGAGCUCUGCCACGGCUGCUCUCUGCUCAUGACUGGACCUGCAAUGGUGGCUGGAGAACACAAGUACCACCCUGAGUGUUUUGUGUGUUUGAGCUGCAAGGUGGUGAUUGAAGACAGAGAUACCUACGCUUUAGUCGAGCGGUCAAAACUCUACUGUGGAAAGUGCUACAAGCAGGUGGUUCUUACACCCAUGUUGGAAAAACGUUCACAUGACUCCAUCCUGGACUCGCUGCCCCACACGGUGACCCUCAUCUCAAUGCCGUCUGCAGCCAAUGGUAAAAGGGGCUUCUCCGUGACGGUGCUCAGGGACGUCAACGGCUCGGCGAGCGUUCAAGUCAAAGAGGUGAGAGGGAUGCUGAUCAGUCCAGAGGUGCGAAAUGCCAUCCAUGUUGGAGACAGGAUCCUGGAGAUCAAUGGACUUCCUGUUGGGACAUUAUUGGAGGAGGAGGUGGACGAUCUCAUUCACCGAACGAGUCACACGCUGCAGCUGCUCWUAGAGUACGACCCCGUCAGGCAGCGUUUGGACCGGCUCAGACUGGGAUCGCCCAGGAGCCAGUUAGAAGUCCCCGCCACGUCCCGUAUGCGUCUGUCCUCGCCGUCUGACACGGUCGUGGAGAGAACUGACAAGGUUGAAGACAGCACGCUGAAAAGGAGGUCUCUGAGGCGCAGUAACAGUAUAUGUAAAUCUCCUGGACCAAAUUCACCCAAAGAGUCUCCUUUAAUCACAAGAGACAUCCUGCGCUCCGAGUCCCUGAGGUCCUCCAGUAGCUGCUCUCAUCGCAUUUUCCGCCCGUGUGACCUCAUCCACGGAGAAGUCUUAGGAAAAGGCUUUUUUGGACAGGCCAUCAAGGUGACUCACAAAGCUACAGGAGAAGUGAUGGUGAUGAAGGAGCUGAUCCGCUGCGAUGAAGAGACGCAGAAAACUUUCCUGAAAGAGGUCAAAGUAAUGCGGAGCCUCGAUCACCCUCACGUUCUGAAGUUUAUCGGUGUGCUGUACAAAGACAAGAAGCUCAAUCUGAUUACGGAGUACAUUGAGGGAGGCACUCUGAAGGAUUUCAUCAGAGACAUGGACUUGUUUCCAUGGGAACAAAGGGUGAGCUUUGCUAAAGGCAUUGCCUCUGGCAUGGCCUACCUUCACUCGAUGAGGAUCAUCCAUAGAGACCUCAAUUCUCAUAACUGCCUGGUUAAACUGGACAACACUGUAGUCGUGGCAGACUUUGGACUCUCCCGACUCAUCAAAGAAGAAAAAGUUAAACCUCCACCUGAAAAACCCUCCAAUAAAAAGAGGGUGUUGAGGCGCAUCGACCGAAAGAAGCGGUACACAGUGGUGGGAAACCCUUACUGGAUGGCUCCAGAGAUGCUGAAUGGCAAACGCUACGAUGAAAAGGUGGACGUUUUCUCCUUUGGGAUUGUUCUUUGUGAGAUCAUUGGGAAGGUUUAUGCGGACCCCGAGUGCCUCCCCAGAACUCUGGACUUCGGCCUUAACGUCUGCAAGUUUGUGGAGAAGUUUCUCCCUGAAGACUGUCCACCUGCCUUCUUUUCGCUGGCRGUGGCGUGUUGUGAUCUGUCACCAGACAACCGUCCACCUUUCCAGAAACUCGAGGACUGGUUGGAAGCCCUUUCUCUUAACCAGGAGCUGGGAAUCCCUCUUCCAGCUGAACUGGAUGAACUGCAUCAGAAUCUGAGUCAACUCUACUGGCCUAAAGAUCCCAUCCAGGCCACAGAACAGCCAUUAACGCCGACAGCCUCCUCACCAGACUGCACCAACCUGACCGAUAAUGGCACAUAGGAUUUGUGGCUGUUUGACCAGUUUUGAAACYGUUUUGAUGCCUCUUAACUGCUGCACAAAUACAGUGGCUGAGAAAAACAGGAGGGAGGAACCCGAGCCAUGUUAGAACUGGAUCACCUGAGAUAGCUGGACCAGUUGCCCUGAUCCAUGAUUCAGAGAACCAGUGAACUGCAUUGACUUAAAAAAACGCAUUUCAGUUAACAUUUAAUUACUUUUAUUACGUUUAACGGCACAGUUUUUUUUUAAAGUUUACUAUUUGAAAAGACAAACCCUCACACGGUUCUUUCCUAAUAGACAAGAAUGUUUUGUAAGGCGAGACAGUUGUGUUUUUCUGGCUAUGAAGUUUUUGUUUUCGCUCCGUGCCUUAAAGAGGAGUGGUUUAACCUCAGCAAUUAACAAAACCCGAUUCCCUGACAGUCGAGAUGAAGCGCAGGUUGGGAUUGUCGGCACCUUGUAACUUUCAGCACAGCGGGUGGAAAAGUGUUACAAAUGUAAAACUAGAAGGAAUUUUUAUUUUUGAUGUUUAAAGAAUUUGAGUGAAAUAAAAAAUAUAAACAAAUAAUGCACCCAAAAUACAAUAUGGCACCAGAACAGAAGGAAAACACCAAACUUUUAUUUGUUUUUAGCUUCUUGUUUUGCUGCUUGUCCUGACGCUCCUUAACCACAGAGUGAACAGACAGACUGCACUCAUAACGAGCAAUCAUUUAGUCUUAAUUUCUCCACCAGGGACUGAUUUUAAAAUAAUUAUUUUAAUCACCCCUUGCUAUUUUGUCUCGUUCUCAGUGGUGCUUCCUUCCCUGAAUGGACAAAUAGAUGAAUAACUGAUAAACACAAUAAAACACAUCAGAUAGUUCAAGGUUGGUCUGAAACUAUUGUUUUUUUAUAAUCCUGAAAGGCUAAAUUUCAUUUCAAACUGUUCUAACACAGAUAUUUGCAUCUCUAGUGGUUCACUUGUUGCAAUUGUUUAUUUUUGAUAACAGUUUUGUAUUCUGUUAGUUAAGUUAGUCUUACACUCAUAGUUUYGGCAAAGAAACUAGAUCUGGACAGAAACCAAAACGCACGAGCCCACAGAGACAUUAAAACAUUUCCUGUCCUGUUUAAAACAAAAAAAACGCCACAGCUGAGAUUUAAACCAAGAACGCUCCUGUAAGGCAACAUUAAGCACUAAAAAUAAAAUCCUAAUUAGAUUUUGUUUGAAUUGUGCAUCUUGUUCAAAUUUAAUCAUGUUUUUUUUGAGAGUUGGUUGUUCUUUUUUUAAAACCCUGAUACUAUUUUUAAUAUACUGUAUAUAAAAAAAAAUCUGUGCUUGAAAUUUCUGAGAGUCAAUGAAAGUGRCCAGCACUGGAGACUAGAGGCAAAGCAUGAAUGAAGGUAACGGGUUUUAAUUUUAAGCAGCUGUGGUGACGGGGAAAAAACAAAGCAAAACAAACAAACAAAAAAAAAGAGUACUCUGACCCAGAAUGGUCUUAUCAUGCUGAUUCAGCACUAAUCAGUAGAGACGGUCUUUUUUUUUCCAAGUAUCACUGUUCUCAUUCUUGUCUUUUAAUCUGAAGAGUUUGAUUAGUUUUUUUUAGAUUAAUUGUUGAACACUUUAGAUUUUUUUAACAAGACAAAAUUGUUUGAAAUGUUAUGAAUUGUCAGAAAUAAUCAUGUGGAAACUGUCAAUGAAAAUUUUGUACAAUGAGAUGAGAAUUUUUUUUCCUUUCGUUUUGUGUUGUGUAUAAAUAUGUACAUACGAUACUUCUAACUGGAUUUUCUAACGGGGAUUUGUAGAUGUUUAGACAUUUCGACAACAGUUUGCUAUCAUUGAGCAAGGUACUGAAGACCAAGUUGUAACCACUUUUAUUUAUAUCGCUGUAGUGUUUCAUGAAUAAACCUUCUGAAAGUUGCUUUUUAAAA